CAAACCACGGGGAACAGCGCUUUACAGAGGUGCGAUGGCCCUUGAUAAUUUCCUUUUCGGACAAUGCAUCCUCUAUUUUCUAUGCUUUCUUUUCGGUUUUAUUGCCUUGGUGCCGCUGUCCGAGAGCGACGAUGACUUCCAUGGGAAAUGCCUGCUUUUCACGCGUGGGAUGUGGCAGAAUGAGAAUAUGACCGUUGGAAAGCAGCGUUUCAUAGUGGAGGAGUGGGGACCGGAUUCCUCCUGUCGCUUCGUCACAUUCGUAGCGAUAGUCUCGCUCAUCCUGUCCGCAGUACAGGCAUGGCGGAUAUUCUUCCUCCUGUACAAAGGCCACGACGACUCCUACUUCUGUGCCUUUGUAAACCUGUUGGCUAGCUCCUUCCUGCUCUUCUUGGUAUUUGUGGCCAGCACCAUCAACAGCGUAGGAUUCAACCUGUGGUGUGAUGCGGUUACAGAGGGCGGGACCAUGCCCAGCAGUUGUGAGGAGAUGCAGGACACGGACCUUGAGCUUGGCCUGGACAACUCUUCUUUCUAUGACCAGCUUGUUAUUGCACAGUUUGGCCUGUGGGCUGCCUGGCUGACUUGGCUGGGGCUCACAGUGUUGGCCUUCCUCAAAGUCUACCACAACUACCGGCAACAGGACCUGCUCGACAGCCUGGUCCACGAGAAGGAGCUGUUGCUGGACCACACAUCCCGACGAGAGUCAAACGAAAACUUAAGGAGCGGUGUGAUUUAAAUCCCGCUACUUCUCCAUCCUUGUCUCUCCCCACCCCCACGUACCUGGCUAUGUGUCUCUCAAGAAUGUCUGUUACCACCAUAGGGCUGGGUUAAGUUCCGGUCCGUUAUAUUCAGUCUGGGUGAAAUACGUCAUUGUAAUUGGAUUCAAAUACUUCUCUAUGCUUUACUGAGCUUGUCUGGUGUACUGGAACCUAUGAAACACUCUCAAAAACUGCCAACCCUGUACUUGAUUGGCUCAAUUGCACCAGGAAAGAUCAAUCAAGCACAGAAAAGUAUAUGAAUCCAAAAACAAUUACAUAGUUUACCCAGGUCUGAUUUAGCCAUCAAGUUUAAAGAGUGAGUGCGUGGUGAGAAUGGUGAGAGAGUAGGGUGGAUUUACUGGGGUAAAAAAAAGGGCAAAAAAACAAAAGCAUGAAUGGCCCAUUUGCCAUGGUUCAGUUAGAGGGGUUCUGUUGUUGAUAAUUCAACUGAGUUAAUUAAUGUGGUUUUGAUACAAUGUCUUUAUGUUUUUUGUAGAAAAGACUCUAAAACUCAUGUCAUCAUAAUAUUGCAUGUAUGAACACGCUGCUGAAGAAAACAGCUCAAGCUAGGUUCUGAAACAGCUGGUAGCUGCUUGACCAGUUCAGACCAGCUCCUAGCUUGACAUCGUUUGACCAGCUCAAGCUAUGUUUUGAAACAGCUGGUAGCUGACCAGUUAUCAGCUCAGACAAGCUACUAACACUAGCUGGUUGACCUGCUCAUACUCAGCCCAUACCAGAGCCCUGCUCUGAUUGGUUGUGGCGCUUUUUCUUCUGAUGUUAAGCAGGCUUUUUCAGUGUUAUAUCAAAUCAAGCGAGGGAAUGUCCCUAUAGAGCUAUGUGGUACUGCAAAGUCCAACAGUGUUCUUUUAAAUGUCUAAAGUAAGCUUUUAAAGAGGUUCAAUUGCUCAUUCAAAAUCUUCACUUGAUUAACCAUCAAUACAGUGUGUUGACAUCGUUAACAUACUGGCACACUUGAUGUUUUGUAAAUUACACUUACUACCAGAAUUCAGUUGCUACAAUUUAAUCUUCAAAGCAGCCAAAUUUGGUUUGAAUAGCACUUAAAAUAAUAAAACAAAUCUCACUUUCAGUAUUAAAAAGCCAUUGAAAAGUUGUGGAAAACAUUCUGAAAUAUUUUAUGUCAUAGCUGUAACAGUCUGCAGUAGGUGUCCAGAAUUAAGAAUGUGUGCCAAUUUUUGUAAAUGUCAGUACAUUCAAGUAGAAUCGCCUGCUCACUUGUGUUAUAUUGCAUUGUAUUUAAGAUUGAAAGUGUUUAAGUGCACUGCACUUCUGCCUGUUUUCCUGAAACCUGUUAUGGAAGCCGUAUUUCUUAUCCAUGUGUCAUAUUUAUUUUGCAUAAAAAGUGACAUUUCAAAUUCCUGAGUUUUUAUUUUCCAUAUACCAUAUCAAUGUAUUUCAUGUUACACCAAAAUAGAAAAAAAAAAGAACAACAGUAACA